UCAAUCUAUAAUCAUUCAUCCUUCAGUAAUCAGCAUCCUAAUCUAAGUUGAUCGAACGAGGAAUUCGUGGACCCACAAUGGAAGAAGACUCGUAUCAACAAAAAUCGAGCAUCGACACAGAAUUACAAACCGAAUUACUCCCUCACAAUCAUCAGGCUCAUAAGGGGGGCAUGAUAACCAUGCCUUUCAUCAUAGUGAACGAAGCAUUUGAGAGAGUGGCGAGUUAUGGAUUGAUGCCGAACAUGAUAUUCUACCUCAUGGAUGUUUAUCACAUGGAACUUGCAACUGGAACAAGCAUACUUUUGAUUUGGUCAGCGCUUUCAAACGGUCUCUCCAUUUUUGGAGCUUUCAUCUCUGAUUCAUACUUUGGUAGGUUUCGGGUCAUUGCAAUCGGGUCUCUCUCCACCCUUCUUGGGAUGACUUCUCUCUGGUUAACUGCCGUGCUUCCACCAUUAACGCCUUCUUCUUGCAAUGAACCCGACACCAGUUGCAACCCACCAACACCAACGCAAUUCGCUUUUCUUUUCUCAUGUUUCAUUCUACUCUCAAUCGGAUCUGGUUGCAUCAGACCGUGUUCCAUAGCCUUUGGUGCAGACCAGCUUAAACACCAUCCAACCCUAAACAACCAGAGGCUCAUUGAUAGCUACUUUAACUGGUACUAUGCUUCUACAGCGACUUCAGCAAUCGUUGCUUUUAGUGUUAUGGUCUACAUUCAAGAGCAACUUGGUUGGCAGGUCGAAUUUGCAGUUGCUGUUCUGAUAAUGCUUUGUUCUACUUUUAUGUUCUUACUCGGAUCUUCUCUUUACGUCAAAGUGAAAGCCAGCGAGAGCCUGUUUUCAGGGCUAAUUCAAGUUUUAUUCGUUGCUUUUAAGAACCGUAGGAUUCGUCUUCUACGUGAUGACUGCUACAAUCAUAGUGAACAAGCGGACCGGGUUGAGCUAACUGACAACUUAAGGUUUCUCAACAAAGCAUGUGUUGUCAGAGAUUUGAACCUUGAUUCUUUGGAAGUGGAUCCAUGGAGUGUGUCAACUGUUAAAAAGGUGGAAUCCCUGAAAUCGUUAAUUCUGGUAUUACCAUUAUGGUCUACGGGCAUUCUAAUAUUCACGACCAUUACACAAAGUUUCCCAACUCUCCAAGCGAAAACAAUGAACCGAUAUGUCACCCCAUGGUUUGAGAUCCCGGCUGCAUCAUUUAGCUUAUUCUUGAUCUUGACACUUACAUUGUGGGUCACAUUUUACGACUGUAUCUUGGUCCCAUUUCUAGCAAAAUAUACACACCAGCCGCGUGGAUUCCAUCCUAAAACUCGAAUGGGAAUUGGGUUAGCAAUCUCGACCGUGGGCAUGAUUGUAUCCGCAAUUGUGGAAACCAAACGACGGGAUUUGGCAGGUCCAAAUACGACAGUUGACAUGUCAGCAAUGUGGUUGGUUCCCCAAUAUGCAUUACUAGGUUUAGCAGAGGCAUUUAAUUCAAUUGGGCAGAUGGAGUUUUAUUAUUCUGAGCUCCCAAAAAGCAUGUCGAGUAUAGCCAUAGCCAUGUUCAUGGUGAGCAAUGCAAUUUCUGGGCUUGUUGGAAGCCUUUUGAUUAAUGUUGUGGAUGCAGUCACCACCAAAAGGGGUAACACAAGUUGGCUAUCGAGUGAUAUUAACGAGGGUCACUUGGAUUACUACUACUGGUUACUUUGUUUUCUGAAUCUACUUAACUUUUUUUACUACUUAGUAUGUUGUCGUAUUUAUCGGAGUUCUUCAUUGUCAGGGAGGCAUGAGCUCGGACAAGAAGGAUUUCAUUUUGGGCAUUAAAGUUCAAUUUUUAUUUCCAAUAUGUCAUUACAAUGUACUAUCCAAUAAAACAAAUUCAUAGUAUCAGGAUGCUUGAAGCCCUUUUGAUAGGGUACUUAACAGAAGAUGUGAUUAUGUACGGUUAUUAUAUAUAUAUACACACACUAGUCCUUUUUA